AAAAUUUUUUAACACCAUUAAUUCUUAAAAAAUCAAAAAAAGAAAAAAAAAAGGAUUUUUUAAGAGAAAAUGCCUGAUGGGACUGGAACCCCUACGGCGUCGGCACCGGCAACUCCGGGAACGCCAGGUGGACCGCUGUUCACGUCCAUGAGGGUGGACUCGCUGUCGUAUGAUCGGAAGUCAAUGCCACGAUGCAAAUGCUUUCCGGUGACUGCCGCAACGUGGGGUCAACCUCACACAUGCUUCACUGAUUUCCCUGCACCAGACGUCUCUCUUACCCGCAAGCUGGGAGCAGAAUUUGUGGGAACCUUUAUCCUAAUUUUUGCGGCUACAGCGGGACCAAUAGUGAACCAAAAGUAUUCUGGAGCGGAGACACUGAUAGGAAAUGCAGCAUGUGCAGGGCUGGCUGUUAUGAUAAUAAUUUUAUCAACCGGACACAUCUCUGGGGCUCAUCUUAACCCUUCCCUCACCAUUGCAUUUGCUGCCUGUCGUCACUUCCCAUGGGCACAGGUUCCAGCAUACAUAGCCGCUCAGGUUUCGGCCUCCAUUUGUGCUUCUUUCGCUCUCAAGGGAGUCUUUCAUCCCUUCAUGUCUGGUGGCGUCACUGUCCCCACCGUCAACUAUGGACAAGCUUUUGCACUCGAGUUCCUCAUUACUUUUAAUCUUCUCUUCGUUGUCACUGCCGUUGCCACUGACACCCGUGCUGUUGGAGAGCUGGCGGGCAUAGCGGUUGGGGCGACUGUCAUGCUUAACAUUCUUGUGGCAGGGCAAAGUAGUGGGGGUUCAAUGAAUCCAGUGCGGACUUUGGGGCCGGCUGUGGCAGCAGGAAAUUAUAAGGCAUUAUGGAUUUACUUGAUAGCACCCACACUGGGUGCCCUGGUUGGUUCUGGCACAUACACUUUGGUGAAGCUCCGAGAGGAAGAGGCUGAAGCACCACGGCAGGUCAGGAGUUUUCGACGCUAGCUUUGAAGUCCAAGAUAGCAAUCAUAUCAUCGUUGAAGGCAGAAAUUUGAUAGUUUACGUAUAGUUUUUCUUCUUCUAAUGUCUCUUUCUAUGAAAGCAUAUAUGGUCGUUUGGUUGUGAGUGGGGUAAGGAUAAGACAGCUUUGGAGGAGAAUGGGCAAUGUGACUAUAAGUCCACGCCCUACAGUAUGAUUGAAUAAUCUUGUCCUUGCUUCUUUAUUCUAUAUGGUUUUUGGACAUGAAUGUGAUUGGCAUUUCCUUGUCUGUUUUAAUUAUGCAUCGUUCAAUAAUUGGACUUUGAUUUGUAAUUUUCCUUGUGAUGUUUUGAUUUAUAGUGUCAAUAAUGUACGCUAUCAUAGGCAAAAUAAAUGAAUAAAAAAAAUAAUAAUAUAUCUUUAUCA